AUGUCAUCUGUUGAAGGGAUUAUGAAUUUGGUUAAGCAACUCAAAUUAGACAUUGAGACAGAGAUAAAAGAACAUAAAGUUGACGCAAGGUCUUUGCGUAAAUUGGAAGAAUCAGUAAGUUAUCUUGAUGACAUGAUGAAUUCUCUUGAUCAGAUCAAACGUGGAACCGGUACAAACAUGAAAGAAAAAAAAAAGAAUGAAUAA